AUGUGGCUCUACCUGGUGGGCCUUAUAGGCCUAUACUACCUUUUGCGCUGGUACCGAGAGAGGCAGGUGGUGAGCAAUCUGCGAGACAAGUAUGUCUUCAUCACGGGAUGUGACUCUGGCUUCGGGAACCUGCUAGCCAAACAGCUGGACCUGAAAGGUUUGAGGGUGCUGGCUGCAUGUCUCACGGAGCAGGGGGCCAAGAAGCUGAGGGACCAGACGUCAGACAGGCUGGAGACAGUGAUCCUGGAUGUCACCCAGACAGAGAGCAUCGCUGCAGCCACCCAAUGGGUGAAGGACCGUGUGGGCAACAGAGGUCUCUGGGGCCUGGUGAAUAAUGCUGGCAUUUCUAUACCCACAACACCUAAUUCAUGGCUGUUGAAACAGGACUUCAUGAAAAUAUUGGAUGUGAACCUCCUGGGAUUGAUUGAAGUAACCCUGAGCCUGCUACCCCUACUGUGGAAGGCAAGGGGCCGAGUGGUCAACAUUGCCAGUAUAAUGGGCAGAUUGUCUUUCAUAGGUGGAGGCUACUGUAUCUCCAAGUAUGGGGUAGAGGCCUUCUCAGACUCCCUAAGGAGAGAGCUCUCCUAUUUUGGAGUGAAGGUGGCUAUGAUUGAACCGGGUUUCUUCAAGACCGAUGUAAUCUCCAGUGCAAAGCAUUGUCAAGUUCUGCAGGAGGUGUGGGACCGGGCUAACCCAGAUAUAAAAGAGAUGUAUGGCGAGGAGUUCCUGGCAUCCUAUAAACACAUUAUUAAAACAUCAGAGAAAAAAUGCAACCCUGACCUGUCUUUGGUGACAAACUGCAUAGAACACGCACUGACUUCCUGCCACCCUCGAACCCGCUACUCAGCUGGCUGGGAUGCAAAGCUCUUCUUCAUUCCCUUGAGCUACAUGCCUACUACCUUGACUGAUUUCAUCCUCUCCUUGAGAGACGUGAAGCCUACCAAGGCCUUGUGA